AUAGGAGAAAAAGAACAAGAGGCAAGCACUGAGGUAGAAGAGCAGAGGGAAGAAAUCCAGACAGAAGUCGACAAUCAGGAAGGACAAAAAGGAGUAGUGAAUGAUGAGAAGCAAAUGACAAAUGAUGCAACAAGCUAUGAUAUGUGGGGAAUGGGAUCCCAAGAAAAUUCACAGUUUGUGAAAGAGCUGUGCAACAGUGUGGAUCUAAUUGAAAAAGAGGCAUUACUGAGAAAGUCUGAAGGAAAACCCCCUACAAACAUUCCUACUGUGUUGAGGGAAAAGAGAAUUGCUAAAUCACCCACAAGGUACACACCGGCAGGACAAACCGCGGAUGCUAAAAGGAGAAGGAAGGAAAAGGCAAAGAAAAGAACACACGAAGAAUUUUUGCUGCCUUCAAGAAAAAUUUAUGGCCCAUUCUCUGAAGACCCCACUGACACACCACCUGCAGAUCAAAUGCAGCGACUGGCAAACUUUUUAAGCAUUGGAAUGCUAAAAUAUAGAAAGAAGGCUGAAAAAGACAGAAGAUACAGGGCUGAUGAAGAAAAUAUGCAUGGCAUUCCCGAUGUUGCUGGAUAUAAUGAAAAUUGAGUCAAAAACUUGGCUAUACAACCUGUAUUCCAAUGAGCAGUGGCUAAAUGACCAGCAUAUGGAAGUAGGAAUGUACUAUUUGAGUGUCAAAAGGCUUCAAUACAAACUCAAACAACAGUAUGCCACAAACAGAGCGUUCUUUAUACAAAUACUAAGGCGUGAACAUGAGAAAAUUCUGAAGGGUCAAGGAACUGUUCACGAAGCUGCAGAUGAUGAUGAGAUUAUGCACAGUGUGCAAGGAAGUACAUCAAAGUUUGCCCUACACUGGUGUGAUUGCCAAUUUGUGUACUUCCCUUUAAACACUGGUCAACAUUGGGUGUUACUUGUGCUGGACAUCAAGAACAGAAAGGUUAGAGUUUACAACUCUAGUUCUCGAAGGGGAGAUUCACUGAAAGAUAUCCGACCAUUCAUCCCAUGCAUUAAAGUCUUGCUUCCUAAAAUAAUGGACUACUACAAUGUGCAUGCUAAUUCUGGAGAGGAGCCAAUGGGAGGGAAAGAAUUACAAAUAGAAGCUGUAGAAAGCUGCCCACAACAGACUAACGCGGGGGACUGUGGAAUGUUUGUACUCAAGAUUGCUGAAUUCCUAAUCAUGGAUAUGGAGCUUGAUGGAAUAGAUGCUGAUGAAAUGCCAAUGUUUAGGCAAAAAAUGGCGACAGAG